AUGGCAGAAACAGUAAAGACAAGACGCCGCUCGUCUUCAAACAGUCGUUCCAACAGCGAAGGCCCGGCUUACACAUUUGGUGCUGAUUUUAUCCCGUUUGACGCAGAGUUUCGUACGGGAGAAAUACCGGGAAAGCGCAAAAGGGAUCAUUCUGUAGAUGAUGAGCAAGCGACUCGACAAUCUCGACGAGCACGAUACGAAGACGGCACUUUCACAACACCCUGGAUGGCAAGAAUGGACCAUGAGACUCCGAAAGAUCCAGCAGCAUUUUUCCACAGAGAAAUUAGGGCGUUCGCCGACUAUAUCAUUCCUACCGAGACAGAGCAUGCUCUGAGAGGUCUCAUAGUCCGAGAAAUUGAGUAUUAUGCAAGGAAGAUAUGGCCCGAUGCAACUGCGACGGCGUUUGGGAGCUAUGCCACUGGCCUCUAUCUUCCGACAGGAGACAUUGAUGUCGUCAUUGAAACUAAAUAUGCGACAGCGUCUACCAAGAACGCUGCUCAACGCGCAUUAUCACAGCUGGCAACAAUCCUGAGGAGUGCGGGCUUAGCGGAACGACGCAAGAUUCAGGUCAUUUCCGCUCGAGUAUCUAUCAUCAAAUUUGACUCUGUCCAUGGUGGGAUCCCGGUAGAUAUAUCCCUAAAUCAAACCACCGGCGUGUCUGCAAUCCCAGUCAUCAAUAGAUAUCUCGAGCACUUUCCGGCUCUGCGACCUCUCAUCAUGGUUGUUAAAGCAUUCCUAAAUCAGCGAGGCAUGAACGAGGUGUACAAAGGGGGACUCGGAAGCUACAGUAUCAUAUGUCUUGCCAUCAGCUUUCUGCAGAUGCAUCCGAAGGUUCGACUAGGCGAAAUCGACCCAUCAGACAAUCUAGGAGUUUUGUUGGUUGAAUUUUUCGAGUUCUACGGCUUCUAUUUCAAUUACAACCUCGUCGGCAUCAGCUUGAACCAGGGUGGUUCCUACUUCCUCAAAAUGCAAAGAGGCUGGCACGAUAUGUCAAAGCCUUGGCUCCUCUCGAUUGCUGAUCCAACUGAUGAAAGUGAGAUUCCAUCUGCUACUUCGCAUCUAUGGAUCAUGCCUGAUGAGUGUUUAGCGAAUGAUGUGUCACGCGGAUCCUUUCAAAUGCUUCGCUUGAAACAGACACUUGGUGGAGCGGCCUUGAUCUUAAAAGCGAGAUUAAUCGAAAUCAGCGAGCAGAUGCGGUCGCAUCAAGACGGUUACUACUUCAGCUUACGUGGCCAACCACAGCCGCAGGCUCUCGAUACGGUUCUCGGCAGGUUACUCGCAAUGUCACCAGAGGCCAUUUCGCGUCGUCAACGUAUAGAGGAUGUCUUCUACAGCGGCCGUAUUCACAGGACAUUGGAACUGCCUUUGCCGUCAGCUCUACCUGCCAACCAUCCAAAAUCUGACAGUGAGGAUGAAUCUGACAUGCAGAUAUCCGAUUCCAGCCCGCGCCGUAGCACAGCGCAGGUCGUCAAAUAUAUCAAAAAGGAACCUUCUCCGCAGAAGACUUCACACGUCUCGAACAUCAAAGAGACCAACUCCGGUAGCGAAGAUAGCGAAGAUUUCACUAAGCGCUCCGACGGGGACGAGCCCGAGGAGGAGAGUCGUUAUACGCACCUAGACGUGCAUAGCACUCGAAAAGGCCGACCCCGAGACCUUAAUCGGUUUGAGCCUCUGGAAAUCCGAAGAGUUGAAUAUAUCAUGACGGAUAGCGAAGCGGAUGAUCCUGACGAACACGAGGACGGCAGAGCCUCUCCUGUUGCGCAUGCCAAUAAGAAGAGGCAAAUCGAACCUGAGCCAAGAAAGCCGGACUCGACUCGCAAAGAGUCCAAACGGGCAUUUUGGGCCAGCAAGGCUGGGACGGAAAAGUCGGAGGACGUCGGUUUGUAG